AUGGCCUCUAACAUCGAGGCUCAGAAGUCUCCCAUAACAGGGGACAUCGAGGAACAGAAGGAAGCUGAAGUCAAUUUCGAAGACCACAGUGACCCUUCUGUUUCGGAAAAAGCAUCAUCAAACACCCUCACAAGAUGGAAGAGAAUGAAGUCCAGAUUUCCAUACUGGAGACUCCUCAUUGACACGUUGGUUGGUUGUUUCUUUACUGGUUGGUGGCUUUCCAUCAUAAUUCAAGAUGAACACAGAGGCAAAUGGUUGAUUCCCACCGUUCUUUGGGGUAUGCUUAUGGUUCGUUUGAUUUCAUGGCACUGCAGAAUCUUGUACGUGAUGUUCCAUUACGCUGCCAAGGUAUGGAAUUUCUUCACUGACAUCGUCUAUGCGAGAAUCCUCACCACUAGACCUAGAAGAUUGAUGGUUGGCGCUACCAUCACAAUCGGUACCAUGUUGCUUGGUACUUUUGUCCCUGAGGAAAUCGAGUUUUCAAAAAGAGAGGAUAGAGCGAUCUCCUUCUGUGGUAUCCUUGUGGCUGUCGGUGGUUUAUGGGCCACAUCUAAACAUAGAACUAAGAUUCAGUGGAACGCAGUCAUUGGUGGUGUUUUGAUGCAAUACAUCAUUGGUCUUUUCGUGUUGCGUACCAAGGCCGGUUACGACAUUUUCAACUUUAUCUCCACCUUGGCUAGAGAGUUGUUAGGUUUCGCUAAGGAUGGUGUGGCGUUCUUGACCAACGAGGAAACCUCCCAGAUUGGUAUGUUCUUCUUCACCGUCUUGCCUGCCGUGGCCUUCUUCGUCGCUUUCGUUCACAUCUUCUAUUACUACGGUAUCAUCCAGUGGUUCAUUGGCAAGUUUGCCAAAUUUUUCUUCUGGACUCUCCGUAUCUCUGGUGCGGAGGCCAUCACGGCUUCUGCUUCUCCUUUCAUUGGAAUUGGUGAGUCGGCCAUUUUGAUUAAGGAUUUGUUACCACUUCUUACCCAAGCUGAAUUGCACCAGGUCAUGACCUCUGGUUUUGGUACAAUUUCUGGAGCUGUGUUGGUUGGUUAUAUUGGUUUGGGUUUGAACGCUCAGGCAUUGGUGUCUUCUUGUAUCAUGUCUAUCCCGGGCUCAAUUGCAGUCUCCAAAUUGAGAUUCCCUGAGACUGAGGUCCCUGUCUCGAGAGGAACUGUUGUUUUCCCUGAGGAAACUGAUCCUAACAAGAAGCCUCAAAAUGUCCUUCAGUCCUUUUCUGAAGGUGCAACCUUGGGUCUUUACACUGCCGCCACUAUGUUGGUGCAAUGUAUGUGUAUUAUUGCCCUUGUGGCAUUGUUGAACGGUCUUUUGACCUGGUUUGGUAACUUCUGGAACAUUAAUGAAUUGACCUUGGACUUGAUCUUUGGUUACAUCUUCUAUCCAGCAACAUUCUUCCUUGGUGUUCCAAGAAACGAAAUUCUUGACAUUUCGAAGUUGAUUUCUGUGAAAUUCAUGCAAAACGAGUACAUGGCUUAUUCCAUGUUGGUUAACGAGGCCCCUUACAACCAGUUGUCUCAAAGAGGUAACUUGAUUGCCACCUACGCUCUUUGCGGUUUUGCCAACUUCGGUUCCAUGGGUAUCACUCUUGGUGUUUUGAACACUUUGAGUAAGGGCAAGAGAUCCUCCGACAUUUCGAGGGAAAUUUGGUCUGCCUUGUUCAGUGGUUUCAUUGUCACCAUGAUGUCAUCUUGUGUGGCUGGUAUGGUCAUUCAUGACUUGAGUGGUUUCUAA